AUGACACCGAAGCAGUCGACUAUUCUGGAGAACGGCGAAGGUCUCUUCAAUACUCAUGUGCAUCUGGAGGAUGUGCAGGAAGUGAUAGCGGAGCAGAUGAACACCGGGGCGAGACUCGGAUCGAACUCCAAGUACACAGUGAUCGGAGAUGGAAAUGUGAGUCUGCUUUCGUGUGCUAUAUCCUAUAUUAACUCAUUUUUCGUCUACAGGGAUUCAUGAGCCGUGUGAUCCUCGUGGAGCCGGAAUGGACAGUGUCUGACGAUCAUCUUCCGGACAAGUUCAUUCUAAAAAUCACUUCUUGCCUCCACGUGCACGCAUUGGUUGAUAAGAUGAAGGCGAGCAGUCCGGGAAACAUCACGGAAGAGCAGGAAGCUCAGCUUUGGGCUAUUUUGAGAACGAGGCCCAAUCUCUGCACAACCGCGAAGUGAAUCUCUAUAAGAUCACUGAAAAGUGGAAUCAGAAUGACGUGCUGUUGAGCCCGAAGAUCUACUUUUCGAAGCAAUUCUCGGCGGAUAACAAGACAAAAGGAUUUCUUGGAAUGGAGUUUGUGGAUAAUGUCACAAUCAGACAUUUGUACGCGAAUGCGAAGCCUCACGAGUUGCAUCCGGUCCUGAAAUCUCUCGCAACGCUUCAAGUGGAAGGGCUCCAUUUGAGUGACGAGGAGCGGCAGAGCAUCAGUGGAUUCGAUUUCAAACAGUUAGUGGGACAGAUGAUGGACGAGGAUGGAAUGAAGAGAAACUUCGAGCAGACGCGCAACAUCAGCAGGGAUAGACUGACCGAGAAAGCCGAUAAGUUGGAGGCCCUCGGAACGGAACUGGUCAACUUCGAAUUGGCAUGCAACCUGAAUAAGUAUGUGGGUAAGUGAUAGUCACUGGAGUCUUGUUGAUUGAGACGAUAAGAGAGGUUUUAUUUUAGGCAUCGAACGUGACGUCCUGGUGCAUGGAGACCUCUGGGCGGCGAACAUUUUGUGGAAGGAAGAGAACGAGGGACACUUCUCCGUCAGCAGGGUAAUUGAUUAUCAGCUCAUUCACAUGGGAAACCCGGCCGAAGACCUCGUCCGUCUCUUCCUUUCCUGCCUUUCCGGCUCCGAUCGUCAAGUGUACUGGGAGAAGCUCGUCGAACAAUUCUAUGAUUACUUCGUGGAUGCCCUCGCCGAUCAGAAAGCUCCUUACACUCUUGAGCAGGUGACAAGUGUCUAUCAAAAAUAGUCUGUAACCGUGCGUCUGUUUGUAGCUCAAAGAGUCUUAUCGACACUACUUUGUAACCGGAGGCCUGGUCAUGCUGCCGAUGUACGGCCCGAUUGCAGAGGUGAAAUCGUUUUAAUCGUUAUCAGCACGUGUUUUUAUCAUUUGUCAAUUUCAGGCAAAACUAGCCUAUUCGAACUCGGAAGACGUGGAAGAGUACAAGGAGAUUCUGACGGAGAAGGCCGAGCAUCUUCUGGAAGAUUUGGAGCGUUGGCAUUUGUACAGUAGAAAUACGACCAAAAAUUAUGAUCAAAAAAUGGCAGAGGCAGAGUGA